CAACAGGCCUCUCCAAACCACAUAACCCCCUGUUUCCCCGAUCUCCUCCACUCCUCCAUUUCCAAGGAAGAAAGAACCGAGGAAGCAACCAUGGCGGUGGCGAUCGAGCUCACGAAGGAGUACGGUUACGUCGUCCUGGUGCUGGUGGCCUACGCCUUCCUCAACUUCUGGAUGAGCUUCCAGGUGGGCAAGGCCCGCAAAAAGUACAAGGUAUUCUACCCCACCAUGUACGCCGUCGAGUCGGAGAACAAGGACGCCAAGCUCUUCAACUGCGUGCAGAGGGGGCACCAGAACUCGCUGGAGAUGAUGCCCAUGUUCUUCGUCAUGCUGCUGCUCGGCGGCCUGCAGCACCCGACCAUCGCCGCUGGGCUGGGCGUCCUCUACACGGUCGCGAGGUUCUUCUACUUCAAGGGAUACGCCACCGGUGUCCCGGACAACCGUCUCAAGAUUGGGGGGCUCAACUUCCUGGCUGUGUUUGGGCUGAUCAUCUGCACGGCAUCUUUCGGCAUCAACCUGGUCAUCCGGGAGACACUCUGAAGUUCAGGUUCACACGUGAUCUGCAGACUGAAUUAACGGGACAACUUACUUCUUGCGGUCUCACUUAGGCCUUUGUAGUCUGAUGCUCGCAUCGUUCUUUUCGUGUUGAUAAACAAAGUAGCGGACGUGUGCGUGUGCCUGUAUUUCACUUUUGGUAGUGCUGGAAUAAAGAGAUGGAGAAGAUUGCUUGAAGCAUGAAUCUUA